GCAUUUCGAAUCGUCGUUCCGCGGAAAAAACGAAAGCAGUUUAAAACGAUUUUAAUUUUCUAACGCGAAUUCCUGUGUUAAUUUCUUGAUACUGACCGAUGUGCAUUAAAAAAUUGAAUCCAGAUUAGUGCGAGGAUCAUAGCAGCAGAUUGCCGAAAUGUCUAACGCCAAGCGAUCAACGAUGCCGCGGCGCACCGAAGAAUUUGAUUUUUCUGCCCCACCAUCAUCGAUGAAAAAGCCCCCGGCUCAACGAUUGAGUCGCAUCGCCCAGCCGAUUCGAAAAAUAUCUAAAACCAGUUUCGGUCACGGUUUGAGCGAAAAUCAGAGAUCCACGUCGACGGAUCGGCUAAACUCGCUUACACCUUCCAAGGCUGCUCACCAGACUCCUGUAACAGCGGCUCGGAAAACGGGUAUGGCCACACGGCGUACCACGGCUUCAAAUGUCACACCGGCAUCCCGUACACCGCUGAGAAAUUGCGAAAAUGCCCCGGUUCCAGCAACCGUGGAGAAAAACAAGGCCCCGGUGGAGAACCGAGAAUGGAUGGCUGCCCAGACGGAACGCAUUUGUGACUACUUGGGGACGAUAACGGAUUUGCCUCAGGAAUUUGUCGAACGACGUAACCUGAAGGCCAUGACCAUCAAUCAGUUUUUGAUGAUCAUGAAACAUCUGUUCCGACAAAUUGGGGGUAGCCGGUAUAAGAUCAACAACAUCGAUGACAUUAUGAAGACGAUGGUCGAGCUGGAGUAUCCCUACACUGUCAAUAAGUCGAUGCUGAAGACCCCGAAUGUGCCACACUCUUUUGGUCACAUUAUCGUACUACUCGGAUGGUUGGUUCAGUUGGUCCCAGCACAGCAACAGCUCCCUCCCCUAAAGCGGGACACAGCUUUGCUGGAAGGCAUCGCCUCUAUCGAGUACCAGGAAUUCUUUCUCGAACAAGUGCAGGAAGGCUUCGAGCUGUGGAACGCAAAGAAAGAGGACGAAUUUGAGGCGCUCAUCGAUGAACUGACCGACAAGCUGGUGGUUGCCCGAACAAACGGCCUAAAUCAGGCAGAAGUUCGAAAACGAACAGCCGAGUUGGAACGGGAUUUGCAAGAUAUCGUCGACCGCACGGUUCGUGAAGGACGAGAACAAAGUAUGGACGGAUUGGUGAAACUCAUUCAUGAACAGCAACAGAAGAAGAAAAAACUUCAGGACGAAAUAAAAACCCUGCAAAAACAGGUCAACAAAGUAGAAGAGGAGUAUUUCGUUAAACAGGAAAAUUACUACGCGCGAGAAAAGAAAUUGGACGAGUUAAAGCAGGAAAUAAAAUCGCAACAGUUGGCUGCUUUUGAACGAGAUGAGCUAAUCGCAAAACUUUCCGCAAACAAAAAUAUGUUGACCGCCAAAAAGUUGGCUGUCAGCACUCUGGAACAUGCUUCCUUCGACCACCAAAUUGCAAUCUCAAGAGCCAUUCAGCAGAAAACAUCGAUGUUUUCGGAACUAAACACCAAAUUACAUAAUUUUUCCAAUCACUUAAAACCUUUUAUCGAUUUCGAACCCCCAACAAUCGAUUUGAAGACGGAAAACUACCUAGAAUUGCAACACCAGCUAACAGAAACCAAAGCGAAGGUUUAUGACAUUCUUGAUCAACAAUCUAGUAUGUACAAGUCUAUGAACGAAGGAAAAUCACAGCUUGAACAUCAGUUGUCUGAUCUGGCCACGAAACAUGCCACCAUAGAAAGAGCACUGGAGGAAACCACAACCAGACACGAACAACUGGUAAAACUUCGGGAUACAAUCCUAGGUCAACUCAGCGAAGUGAACGUUGAAAUCAGUCAGGCAACGCACCGAAAGGACACCGAACAGGUCGAAAUAGAUCGCAGCAUAGCGGAACUAAGCGAGCAGCUAGAUCGAAACGUGAAAGCCAUCGAACAGCUCACGAUCCAGAAGCAAAAGUUGAUGCACGAAAAGCUGGAAGAGUGCCAGGCGGUGCUGCAAAAGAAAAAGGACUCGCAACAGGCCCUAAUCGAAAAGGUGAGACAAAUAGAGGCCGUCGUGGCUGGCGUUGAACGGGAGCUGGGACGGGAAUGAGGUAAGUAGCGUAGUUUAUUAUUAGUUAGAUUCAUUCGAAUAUAUUGUAAUGUGUUCAAAA